AGACGUAAGCUCGCGAGACCGUGAUGGUUCGUAUGAGGCUACAUCGCUAGCAACAGAUAUAGAUAGGAUUCCAAUGGUGAGAAGGGAAGCCAAAACGAGCAAUUGCCAACACGGAUUUCCUGUGGGAUAAACACACAGGCCUGGCUGCUAAAACGAUGCCACACUCAAGACGGUACCCGUCCUCAGAACUGGCCAGCCGGAGCAGCUAUCAAGACCGAGACAGAGGACGCAAGCAGAGGCACCGCAGAUCGCCCUCUUUUUCCUCUAGCAGUGACCGGGAAAGGGACAAAGACCGAAGGGGGCGGGGAAACAGACAGGAGGGAAGCUAUGCUCGCUCUAGGAGCUACAAUAAUCGCUCGGCAGACCGCAGGCCGUACGACCGACGCUACUGUGAGGGCUAUCGGCGCCUGGACCAGAGCCGCGAACGAGACAGAGAUCGCGGAAACAGGGAAAGGGAACAUGGAGGAGCAGCAGUCGAUAGUUACUACGCACCUGACUUAUCACCGAGCAUGUGUGACUACCGGCGGGGUCGUGAGAGGGAACAGGAGGAGUCAUACCGAAGGAAGGGCAGCAGGCGUAAGCACAAACGAAGGCGGCGUAGAACCAGGUCCUAUAGCCCAUCCUCGUCGCGGAGCGACAGCCGGACGCGGGCACUGAGUGUGAGGGACGACGAGGAAGGGCACCUGAUCUGUCGGAGUGGGGACGUCCUGCAAGAGAGAUAUGAGAUUGUCAGCACUCUGGGGGAAGGCACCUUUGGGAGGGUGAUGCAAUGUAUUGACCAUCGCCGGGGAGGAGCCACUGUUGCUCUGAAGAUCAUAAAAAAUGUGGAGAAAUACAAGGAAGCAGCUCGUCUGGAGAUCAAUGUGCUGGAGAGAAUCAAUGAGAAAGACCCGGAAAACAAACACCUGUGUGUGCAGAUGUAUGACUGGUUCGACUACCACGGACACAUGUGUAUCUCCUUUGAGUUGCUGGCCCUCAGCACCUUUGACUUCCUCAAGGAGAACAACUACCUGCCUUACUCCAUCGCCCAGGUCCGACACAUGGCCUACCAGCUAUGCCUGUCUGUCAAGUUUCUUCAUGAUACCAAGCUGACACACACAGACCUGAAGCCAGAAAACAUCCUGUUUGUCAAUUCCGACUUCACCAUGACCUAUAACGUAGAGAAGAAGCGUGAAGAGCGGACCGUGAAGAGCACGGAUGUACGGGUGGUGGACUUUGGCAGUGCCACGUUUGACCACGAGCACCACAGCACCAUCGUCUCCACACGGCACUACCGCGCCCCAGAAGUCAUACUAGAGCUGGGCUGGAGCCAGCCAUGUGACGUGUGGAGCAUCGGUUGCAUCCUGUUUGAGUACUACCUAGGCUUCACCCUGUUCCAGACUCAUGAUAACAGGGAGCAUCUGGCUAUGAUGGAGAGAAUACUGGGGCCAGUGCCCUCCAGGAUGAUACGCAAGACGAGGAAGCAGAAAUAUUUUUACCGCGGCCGUCUGGACUGGGACGAGAGCUCGUCAGCUGGGAGAUACGUGAGGGAGAACUGCAAACCCUUACGGAGAUACCUGUUGUCGGAAGCUGAGGAGCACCAUCAGCUGUUUGACCUAAUUGAGAGCAUGCUGGAGUACGAGCCCACUAAGCGCCUGGUUCUGGCCAACUCCCUCAGACACCCGUUCUUUGAAUCGGGGACAGCAGGCGACGCAGUGGGGGGGAAGAGCUGGGAGGGCAACCGCGACAUCAGCCGGUGACCCAGGGCCUCCAUACUCUUAAGGAUAGAGGGAUUUAAGGUGGACCAGACAGAUAUGACCGCUUAAGGUGGUAUAUCACAGCAUGAACCUGUUCCCUCCUGCUUACUAUACUGCCCCACCUCCACAGCCAGGAGAGGGGCUCAUGCUGGCAGCUAGAAGAACUUCAGAAAAGGACAGUCCUCUUAGUCCUCUCAGCUUCUACUCCCAACAGAAGACAUGACGAGAUUAGUUUUUUUUUUUUUCUUUCUUUUUUUUUGUUGCCCAACCUUAAACUACCCAGCUCCAGUCUUCCGCAUGUAAAGAAAAGGACCGGUCUGGUCUAGGUCCGUUUAAGUGGAACACUAGUGAGAGCAAGAGGGACCCUCGCUACAUAAUCAAAUAUUGUGACCCUUUCGUUUGAUGUCAGACAAUUGGCGAAGAGGGGCAUUGUAACGUGGUUCGUUCUUCCAUUUAAAGAGCACUAUUUAUUUGGAAACCAUCGAUCUGGACUAAUGUUAGCCAACUGGAUGACAUCUUUUGUCAAUGAGUGAUUGACACACCACAUUGUUUAUAUAGGCCUCUCCUAUUGCUAUAUUUAUUUCUGUUACAUAAAUGCUUUCGAGGAGAGGGAUUAUGCUGCCAUAUUAAUGUAAUAAUAGUACUCACACCUAGACGUGUUUUCGCAGCUGGUCCUCUUGUCUGGGGAACUGACCCACACACACACAAUGCAAACUGCCUUUUAUACUUUGUGAUAGGCUCAGGCUUGUGGUCUGAGAGCGCACGUACCCACAGGGUCAUAGUAGUCAUGUGUGGCAUCCCAAUGCCACAUGCACACAGCAGCACAGUUUACAGUAUUUAUUAUGAGGCUGCUGCUGGUCAUCUCCCUGUACAGUACUUUUUGUAUGAAAUUUAAAUGUGUAAAACUGUAUAUAUGUAUGAUUGUUUAGAAUUAAAGUUAAGUCCUCCUUUGCCAGGGCUGAUAGUGCUGUUAA